AUGCCGGAAGCUGAAGUACUGUACUCUGCUGUAAAGUUUAAAGUGAGGAGGGAGUCCAUCGAGAAUUCUCAACAAGCAGUGUCUUCUAAAGGGUCAAAGAUCACCUCAGAGAGAGUAGCCCUGCUGGUUCUCAGUGUUCUCCUGGCAGCUGCUGUUAUUGGUCUUGGUGUUACCAUCCAGACUAUCAAAAACCUGGAAGUCAAAUGUGAAGCUGAAAACAAAAGGUUGAGAGAUAAGCAAUCCUAUAAAUGUGAAGAUGGCUGGAAGAAACAUGGAAGAAAGUGCUAUUAUGUUUCCGUCAGUAAAACCUCCUGGAACGAGAGUAGAGAUGAAUGUAGAGCUAAAAAAGGGUAUCUGGUUAAGAUAGACAGCACGAAGGAGCAGCUGUUGAAAAACUGGCUUAGCAGAAAAAAUCUCCAAACACUGAAUGAAGAGAAUGCAGCUUUGAGGAAAACUCUCACGGAAGUAAAAUCAUGCAGCAAUAAGCAUCUCACGUGUCCUGAAAUUCCUAAAGUGAAUAUAAACGGGCCAUGUGCAUGUGAUGAAGGCUGGGAUGAACAUGGAGGAAAGUGUUAUUACUUCUCCACCAAUAAAUCAUCCUGGACAGAGAGCAGAGAUGAAUGUAGGGCUAAAGGAGGCGACCUGGUUAAGAUAGAUAACUGGUGUGAGCAGAUUUUUCUAAGAACCAGAUUGAAUGGAAAAAUGGAGAACUUUGAAGACAUGUUCUGGAUUGGCCUGACAGAUGCAGUGGAAGAGGGCAGAUGGUUGUGGUUGGAUGGCUCACCACUAAACACAAGUUUGUCUUUUUGGGCUGACCAUGAGCCGGACAACUGGACUCAUGAAAAUCCUGAUGGAGAGCAUUGUGUAAGGCUGGGGGAAGAAGAAGGAGAAGAACCCCUGAAGACUUGGUAUGAUAAGUUUUGCAAAGCUCCUAAUAAGAGCAUAUGCGAAAAAUGGGUAAAAACAGAUUGACUGACUGUUUUAUUUCAAACAUAUAAAAAUAACUGAACUAACAAGAGAAUGCAUUGUAAAAGAUAUUGAGUGGUCAUGAAUAUCUGUGUGUACCACUCAAUUUAGAUGCUCAAAAAGUAGUAGGAUGAAAUUUACACCAUUUGAUCCUAGUCUAUUCACAUGCAAAAUACACACAUAAAACAAUAUAAGUUUACAAACUAAAAAGGCAAACUACAUUUUUACUUUGAGCUAUACACACUGUUAUUAACACGCUUCUAAAUCUCUGUGCCUUCUGAUAAAAAAAACACUUUAUUCUCUGUUUAAAAACUGAGUUCUGGUUGUACAUGUUUAAUAUGAAAGUGUAUUUCUGUAACACAUAUCCUAAUGAAUACUUUCAGCUUGGGUUACUCUCGCUCUAAUCAACAAAAAUGAAGACAGGGCUUCAUUAGAAUACAGUGAGACUUCUCAAUGACUAUAUUCAUGGAAUUUAUUGUUUUUUUGUUGUUUUUUU